CUGAUACUACUAAAGGUGGCAGCAAUUGGCUGUAUUCAAGCUCUUGGCUCCUUCCUUUAAAAGACAGGCCUGUGGCUGUAGAGAGUUUUCUUGCAGUGUCCUCAGCCCUGUGGUCUGGUACAGCAAGACUUCUAUUUUCUGCCUUCGGAGGAGAGGUCCUUUAAAAAAUGAAGACGAUGGUGAAGAUUUACUGUUCACUCGUCCUGUUAAGUUUACUCAGUGUGCAGUUAAAAGCCAACCCUGGACUCAAAGUGAGGAUCACCCAGAAGGCCUUGGAGUAUGCCAAGGAGGUUGGGCUGGAGAUCCUGAAGAAGAAAAUGGAGAAGGAGCAAUUUCCAGACUUGACUGGCUAUGAGAGAUUUGGGCUUGGUAAUGUCAACUACAACAUCUCGAGAAUAAGAGUGACUGCUGUUGAAUUCCCCAGUGUUUCCAUCUCCCUCAUACCCAAGAGCGGGAUAAAACUGGUGAUUAGAAAUGCUUCUCUCACCAUUGAUAUGAACUGGAACAUAAGGACCUGGAUGUUCAAAGACAGUGGAAGAAGCACAGUGCACAUUUCCAAGGUGUUUGUUACUGCAACCUUUUUGACACCCCUGGAUAGUACGGAUCAUGCUUCAAUAUCACUUACCAGCUGUCGGACAACUUCUGGUGAUACAGACAUCAAGCUGAAUGGGAAAAGUGGCUUCCUGCAUGACUUCUUUAUCAAAUAUCUGAAGAAACCCAUUCACAGGAGUUUGGCCACUAAUUCUUGUCCCAACAUCAGAUCUGGGAUCCAGUUGAUAGCUAAGGACCUCCAAUCACUGAAUGUCCCAGUGCAGAUUGAUGAUUUGGCUGAAAUUGACUACUCGUUAAACAGGUUGGAAGUAUUCCGACCAUACAUUGACAUGGACUUAAAGGGGACAGUCUACCCAGCUGGAAAUCAUACUGGCCCUCCCUAUGUGGCAACUCCCUUUGCUAUCCCGGACCAAAGUGACUCCAUGCUCUACCUUGCCUUCUCUGAGUAUUUCUUUCAGACAUCCUUAUUUGCUUACUACACAGCAGGGGCCUUCAACAUCACCAUUGCAGAGGAGACUUGGAGGUAUUUUAAGAUAAGCACUGAGAUUUUUGGCAGUAUGAUCCCUGAGGUAGCCAAAUAUUCAGGUAUACCAUAUCCAGUUGAGAUGAAGCUAAUGGCCACUGAAAUACCUCUUGUCAGCUUGCAGCAGGAUUCCUUUACUCUGGAGAUUCAGGAAUCCAUGGAGGUGUUUGCUGUUUUGCCAGACUCAACCACCCAGUCAUUGUUCACAGUGAAUGUAGCAGCCAACACCAGCAUUGCCCUGAAUGUAUUUGAUCAGAAACUCACGGGCUCUCUAUGUCUGAACAGGCUCCAAUUCUCCCUAGUCCAUUCCAAUGUUGGCUCUUUUGAGAUCUCGCUUCUGGAGAACAUCCUGUCUUAUAUUUUACAGACUGAAGUAAUUCCAUCAGCCAAUGCUAAACUGUCCAAAGGAUUCCCUCUUCCCAAUUUGGCUAAUGUUACCUUGACAAGACCUCACAUUACAAUUGCACCGGGAUACGUGUUGAUUUCUACAGAUGCUCACUACAAACACUGAAGGAGAAGAGUAACCAUCUGUUAGGCAUGAACCUGAAAUCAGUAAGGGGACUCUGUUGAAAUAAAGCCUUGUCUAUACA